GGCCAUUGGUCGACACAAUAGCAAGCCGGCAGCAUGAUUCAGCGAACACGGCGCAGCGACGACGACCUGGACGACGCUGACGUUGACGCUGUGCGUGAGGACGCGGCGCUGCUCGACAUCGUCGACGGCUAUGCGCGCUCCAAGCCGCAGGUGCACCCGCUCGACGUCGAGGCGACGCUCUGCGAGAAGAUUGUACUGUGCGUCGUCAGCCUCGUCCUCGUCACGAUUGCGGUCGCCUGCGUCCAUGCCAUUUGGACGACCAAGUUGUGCGUCCUGAUCCGCGAUAGCCACCGCGAAGUUAGGUAUCGAGGGCCUAACGAAUGUUUCGACCAGUCCGAGAUCGAUGGCAUGCUGCGCGGAUUGGCGCAGACCUUGACGACGUCGCUGACGGCGCAUGGCAUCGAGUACUGGCUCGACAGCGGGACGCUCCUCGGCGCAAUCCGUACGGGCACACUCAACCCCAACGACAUGGACCUCGACGUGGGCAUGGGCGUCGAGGCGUUUGCGACGCUUGGCACGACGCCACUGGCCUUGCCCGAGCGCUACAAGCUCGAGAUCGUCAACAGCACUUUGUAUCCCACCAAGACGCGCGACGCUGCGCUGCCCGGUCGGUUCAUUGACAAGACGUCGGGUCUCUACCUCGACAUCUUUGUCUUCUUGCCGUCCAUCAACGAGAAUGGAACAGCGCUGCUCGGUCCCGAGGCGUCGGGCUGCUGGCACGAGUGCGUGGCCUGCGAGGGCCGGCCCAAGCACUUUGUCGUACCGCGAGAUUGGAUCUACCCCCUCGUGCCCUGCAAUUUCGAGUCGGUCCGCGCCCGCUGCCCGGCCAACGUCGACGCAUACUUGACGCACUUGUACGGGCCAUCGUACAUGACGCGGAGCUGGGACCUCCACAACUAUAUUCCAUAAGCGUAAAUUUUGAAAUGCUUUGACAGACUUGCAAAUCGAUUCGUGAACUUCACGAAACGACGAUUGUAUCCC